AUGAUACUGAGGGAGAGGUUCAAUGCCAACUCGGAUGCUCACAGUCGAGGUCAAGUCCCCCGGAGCGUCGACAUCAGCUAUUCUGGAUGGGCCCCAGAUCUUGCUUUGGCAAUAUACGACAGCAAGUCGGCCUCAAAGUUCACUAUAUUUCCGGCACGGAGCUGGGAUAUCCUUGAAUAUGCCCCAGACUUUGCAGCACCACUCCUCACUGCCUCCGACUACAGUCAUACACCUUCUAUCAAGACAGUUCCUGUCUUCCCGUUCAGCGUACAUUGCCUGGAUAGUUUCUUCAUCAUCCACAAUUACUACCGAACGCUGGAGAAAGGCCUGGUAUCCGCAUUCGUGUUCGAUCAAGGAAGAUUGACGGCUUCGCAAUCCAAGGACAUAUUCCACAGUCUGAUCUUGACUGCUGCCGCUUUGGGGGUUCGAAGUGAUGGACACGCUUUCUGGAAGAUAUGCCGUGAUUGCCACAGCCAGCUCUGUACUAAAUCAUCAGCUUAG